AUGAGGAUUAUUGACCCCCAAACCGCCGUCAUGACCAAUGUCGAGGUCCUGGCGUACCUCACCUCCAAUCCACCCCGCCGGCCACCGAACCCGCCGCCAAACUCGCGCAAUUGGGUCCCUAGUCCUGAUCUUAGAGACCAUAAUACCGUCGUAAAGGAGAUUCACAAUUAUGCAAACCGUCUCUCUCCCCACCUCCUCAGAUACCCCCGCUACACAGCCCGACCCUCAUCCUCGCAAUCGCAAUCACAAGCCGCCAUGACGAGCACACUACAAGCCCAAAGCUCAAUCACAGACCCUGACGCAGCGUCGCUGCCACCCCCAGUCUCUAAUUCAGAACCCACACCCAUGGACACCGCCCUGCGGAACCUAGUAAGCCGUCUACAGCCAUACGGACUGACGAAAGCCGAAGUCGUGAUGAUUUUGAACCUCGGUCUGGGGUUGGGUCCUGCAGCCGAAGCUAGCGAAGAAGCUGGGGAGGAACUGCCCUAUGGUGAGGCGGUGAUGGAUGUAGAUGAGACAAAUGGGGAUGAGGCAGCUGCAGAAGGCGAGGAAGCGGAGAUGAGCCCUGCUGAUUAUACUGCUAUGGUACUGUUGGAUGGCAUAGUCGAAGAGAGGGAGCUCAGACUUACGGACGAGGAUGUGGCAGCUAUUUUGGUUAUUAUCCGGGAGACACUUACUGCAGAUUAUGAGAAUAUCAGAGGGUGA